AUGCGCUACGUGGCCACUUACCUCUUGCUAUCGCUGCAGACCAGUGACGUGACGCGCGAGGCGAUGGUGCGCGUCUUGGCCGCCGCCAACGUCGACAUCGAUCACGAGCGCCUCGACAUCUUCUGGAAAGCCAUCCAAGACAAGGACAUUGACGAAGUCCUUGCGCACGGCUGGCAAUACCACCUGCACACAAUACAUGACAAGAAAAAGAAGACACGACGAACGCCCUACGUCUGCGACUGCUGCUAUGGCUUGACCACCCACAUUGCGCGAUUGCAUGGCGACGACGACGGCGGCGACUACUAG